AUGUCGACCACAGAUGGCUUUCAAUACCUCACUACUGGUAGUUGUUUGACCACAGGUCUCCCAACAGCAGCUGUGGUCACGCCAACAGAACACAACGCCAGGCGGGACAAGAUCUACGACGUGAUCGUGAUAGGAGCCGGAUAUGCUGGCCUGAUUGCAUGCAGAGAGCUGGCUUCUCGAGGUCGCCAUGUACUCUUGAUUGAGGCACGGGAUCGCAUUGGAGGACGUACCUUCAGUGCAGAGUUUGAUGGUCAGCAGUGGGAUAUUGGUGGAACUUGGAUGCAUUGGUUUAUGCCACAUGUGUACAGCGAGAUCUCGAGAUAUGGUCUCGUUGAACAGUUGCAAGUGAAAAAGGUUGUGAACGACAAAAAUUCAUACACCACCUUGAGAUAUGAUGGCGGAGAGAUUAAUCUAUCCCCGAGAGAUGAGUCGAAAAUGAGAGAGAAGGCGCUGAGAACAUUCUUUGACGUCGAUGGAGAAAAUGGGCGAAUCGUCAUGCCAACUCCCAACCGAGACACUCUGAAUCUGAAGGCAUUUCGCGAAUUGGGGGCAUUAUCGGUACGAGAGAGACUAAAUCAGGUCAAGUCACAACUGACAGACGCCGAACUCGCGUUUGUGGAGGGGACAGUGAUCAAUUGGUGUGGCAUGGACCUUGCGCAGAUGUCGUUCUGGGACUGUAUGCGCUGGUGGUCACUCGCUGGCCAUGUACCUGAUGGCAUCGACACCGUCACAUUCACCUAUAAGCUCGCAUGCGGGCAAACUGGUUUUGCUCGAGCAAUAUUUGACGACGUGGCAUCGGCCCCGAACUUUUCCUAUGCAUUCUGCAGUCCCGUCGCGAAGAUAUCCAGCCAUGGUUCGACCGUAACUGUAACCACGACGUGUAAAAAGUCAUAUACCGCAAAACACCUCAUUUCAACCAUUCCCUGGAGUAUCCUGGGCAGCCUGAAAUGGGAGCCGCCGCUACCGGAAAACAAGGGCGCUUGCUUCCAGAAAGUCUCACAGGGUAACUCGACUAAGAUCUAUGCAGAGGUAGCAGGUUCAGAAUGGGAUGCAUGGCAGUUCAUCUCGCCAUCUUCGGAUUUGACCGGCGGCAUCCAAUUCAUGGCAUCUUCUGGGUGUACACCAUUGGGUAACGCCAGAAUGGUUUGUUUUAGUUUGCGAGAUGGGAAGAAUAUGGAGCUGGUUGCUGAGAAGGAUCCCGAAAGGGCGGUAGCAGCUUUCAAGAAGGUGAACCCGCAGCUAGAUGUCAAACGACUUGUGAGAAUCAACACCGGUCUUCGAAUCUUCAGAUGCAGCGCUGACGAUCUACAGAUUUGGCAUAAUUGGACUGAAGACCCCUACACCAAAGGUAUAUGGGUCAUGUUUCGUACAGGCGAAGCCGAAGAAGCGUUGCCUGUGCUGAGGCAAUCGGUAGGCAAUAUACACUUUGCAAGUGCAGAUUGGGCUCAAGGAUGGAGAGGCUUCAUAGACGGGGCCAUAGAACAAGGACUACAGGCUGGUGUUCAAGUCCAGAAGCUGCUUCGCGCCAGGGAAGUUACACCAUCACUCUGA